AUUAGUUUAUUAUAAAUAGAAACUUUGUUUUUGUUUUGCUGUUGUAUUUUUUUCGAGGAAAGUAUCAUAGUUAUCGAGAUAGAUACGAUUAAGAUAUACGAUCAUUUGUAUCAAUGACGGCUAUUUCAUUCAUGUUAUAUGGAAAGUGAUAUUUUUUCAAGCUACCAUUUGUAAUAUGCCAUAUAAUGACAUAAAAAUUUCUUUCAUUACUAUUUAUUGUAUUUAAAUCAGGUACUUGAAUCAAUAUUACCACGAUUUAAUUACGAAUGGUCAUUAAUUGAUUCUCUCGUCAUACUUAUUCAAAUAUGUUUAUAGUUCGUAAUACUAAUUGUUUUAAAACGAGAAAAGAACGAAAGAAAGAGAAAAAAGAGAAUAAUAAGUUCCGUAGUAAUAAAUUCCAGUUUGAAUUCCGAUUUGUUUGAAUUUGGACAAGUUAAAGGGUUAACUCGGUUUUCACGAAUUCGAUCGGUCAGAGUAUAAGAGAGAAACGAAGUUCACGAGAGAAGACAAAGUCGGUUUAAAAAUUCGGUCAACUUGAAAGCGAUCGUAAAAUGUUCUUCUCGCAAACGCGCGAUCUCGGUAAACUCUUCUUUAAAAGAAUAUUGUCGAAAGUUGUCUCGGAGAAUGUUGUCCAGCCGAGUCGAUGAUCCGGCGGAAAUCGUGCGAGGUCUUUGCCAAAGAAAGAAGAGUCGUGUCGCGUGCUCGAACCGGAAGUCGAACGUCUGACGGAUCUUCGAACGGAAGUGUGACGCGUACAUUGUAAAUAGAACAUCUCCGAACAUUUUUCUCAAGACGGACGAGGUGUGUCGUCGGUACUCUACCUUCCUUCUUCUCUUCUUCCUCCUCCUCUUCCUCUUCAUUCUCUUUUUUUUUCACCUUCUUUUACCUGUCCUGUGUCAUCGUUUAACACACUCUCUAAUUCUAUCUCUGUCUUUUUCAAACUCAACCAAACGCGUCGCGUGCCCAAACGAGAUUUCUACUCCCACCAACACCAUCGUUCAAGGGGGAUGACUAAUCCCUUUGAACGGAUCAAUUCAGCCGAUUUAACGUUUUAAAAACUUACGAAAUUUUUUUCCGUGUAUCGUCGAUCACCGAUCGAUAUUUCUGACAAUUCUUAAUAUAACAGGAUGAAUAAAGAUUCGUCAAAAUUUGUUUGCGUGCAUGUGCGUGUAUGUGUGUGUUGUAGGAUAUGAUGAAGGAAACAUUGGUGAAGCAGGACAUAAAGAUAGAGUGGGAAGGGCAUCGUUCCGGCGAGAGUUCCCCUCAAUUACACGUCACGGAAGAACCCUCUGAUAGUCCGCAAAGUGUUAUCACUUCGAAGAGACACGUCAGAACGAUCACUACGGCGGGACAUAUCACGGAAAGUAUAGCCGAGAUCGAAGCUGAAUCCUCGGACUCGAAUGCUGUCUCGAGUAAUCUUCAGCAAGCCAUGCACCAGCAUCAGCAUCAACACUCGGAUCAAGAUCAGCAUGUGUAUCAAGACGAACAACAGCAGGGGCAGACGCAACAACAGGGGCAACAACAAUACGUGCAGAUUUCUCAUGCGAAUAGUACAGAGGAACAGCAACGAGAUGGCAACGAUCAACAACACGUUGUCUAUACAGCUAGAAACGGUCAGGAUGGUGGCGUUGAAGUCUCUGAUGGUGCUGAUUCAACGAUUACUCUUACCGUCAAAGAAUCACCUAGAUACGAGACAACGGGAGGAACAACUGAGAGGAACGAAGUGGGCCGUAUCUAUGCGUACACUAGCGACGAUCAGGAGUUAAGGAGGGAGAAUCAUAUGAUCACGAUGCAAGUUCAAGACAAUGCUCGUCGUGGUCAACAAACAACGACGCAUCAUAGGUUCAGUCCUCAUGAGAGCAAUCAUAGUACCAGCAACACAGCCAAUAGUACACCCAGGUAUCAAACCUCACCAGUUCUUCCUACCACGGAGGAUUACGAAACGUCAGGGAUGGUUAGCCAGUCUGCAGGCAAUGUACAACUGAGUUCACCCGCACCCAAUUAUUCCCCGCCAAUCGAUGGAAUACGAACGAAUCAACAUCAACAGCAAUUGGUCGCUGCUGGUUACUCCGACGCAGCUGUCGCUGCGACGAUCAAAUACGAUACCGAAGUAGCCGUUGCCACGGAAAAUAUCAAAGUUUCGAGUACCUACACAACCCUCGAGACCGUCGCCAUACCACCCUCGCAGACGGUUCAAUACACUCAAUAUAUAUCCGGUAGUGAAACUUUCCAACAAGCGCCAACGUAUACAUAUCCAAAGCCCGAACUUUUUAUCACUUAUCCACCCGCUAGUCAGCCUGGAUCGCGAGGUGCCGAAGUCGAGUCUCCCAACAGUGCUUACAUCAAAGGUGACCCAACGUUAGCUUCGUCUUUAGGUACGACGCGUGCUGUCUCUCUUCAUUACGAGCAACCAGGCUCACCGGGAUCUCAAGUGACCCUAUAUGGACCUAGCACAGCUACUUCUUAUCAAUACAUCAAACCAAGCAAUGAUCCUUACUGGCCUACUAGUGGUACACCAUCACCUCCAACGUCUCUCGAAUACGUUCAAACAUAUCCCAGCGUGACAACGAUAGUUAGCGACGCUGCAAAUAUGCAACUCUACUCGGGCGGUGGUUACAGUGUCGCAACAGCUGCUGGAAAUGGUUUAUCUGGUCCUUGGCAAACUCUUCCAAGUGCCGAAGAAACCUUCGACGGUGCCGUGAUAGCGAGCGAACCAAAGGACUGCUUAAACUGUGCCACUACCAUGACACCUCUGUGGAGACGCGAUGGUACCGGACAUUAUCUUUGCAGCGUGUGUGGUAUUAUCAGCAAGAUGAAUGGCACCAGCAGACCAUCGAUCAGAUGCGGCAAACCUAAACAGUCGGUCGCGCCGGUAAACAUUGCUGGUGUACGAAGGACAGGAGUGCAAUGUGCGAACUGUAGAACGAGUAACACGACUCUAUGGAGACGAAACAACAACGGCGAACCCGUUUGUAAUGCCUGCGGUCUUUACUUCAAACUGCAUAACGUUAAUAGGCCAUUGAGCAUGAAAAAGGAAGGAAUACAAACGCGAAAAAGGAAGCCAAAAAAUAAUUCUGGUGUAAGCGGGAAUCUUCCUGGACCGAGCGGUAUCUCCAAGACCGAGAUUAAGUCCAGCUUACUCGUGGACUCGUUGCAGUUGAACAUGUUUGCAAGCGGGGGUGGGGGUGAAGGGGUAGAAGAGCAUUGUCUUCCUGUAGGUACACCAACAACGGCACAAUUAGGGCACGCACAUUCGCCCCUCACAUUACCUACUGUCGCCGUAUUGAAUCGUCAAACUACCCUUACCGUGCCUCCACUAGAACCAAUCACUAGUCAACCCAGUGGUGACCUGGUCUCGGUUAUAACUUCAACGACGACAGUCCAUGCUGAGAGAUCUUAGAAAUGUUCCUUUUUUUCUCUCUUUUCUAAAAAAAAUAAGAGAAGAAAACGAAACGUAUGUAUAUACGUACGUACGAGAUGGUCUUAUCCGGAGCUUCUUCGUUAGCUCUAUGACAAUGAUAGAGACAGGCUCGAAAAUGAGAAAGAAGACUUUCUUGUUUAGAGAAACGGACUCUCGUAAAAGGAAAAUGAAAAAAAAGAAUAUGCAAAAGGAAUAAUAAAGAAAUAUUUUAUAGGAAAAACGGAGUAUCGUUCGCGCUCCGUUUAAUUUCACUGUUAGUGCUAUGAAUCGGUAUAUGUGUGAUUUAGCCUAAUCAUUUUGCUGUAUCUUAACAACUAUUGUAGACUAGAAAUAUUGACAUCGAUACUAAAUUCAAUCCAACAACGAUAUUGAAAAGAUAAAAAUAUAUAAAUCUUGCAAGGAAAAUAAAUGAAAUUUAUGUUGUUUCUGAUUAUUAAUAUCAAAUUCAUUUAUACCGAUGAUGCAUUUUAGGAAUGUGUUAAAACAAUAUUUAUAAGUAUCGACGUCAACAUUUCUUCGUUUGGUGAUCAGCAUAAAAUGUAAGCACAGUAUGUAUGUAACUACUUGGCUAUGUGUGUAUGUAUGUAUGUACAAUUCUCUAACGAUUCUUAUAUUCUCGUGAUUGUCCUUAACGCGAUCUUGCUCUAAGAGAUGUGCAAUUUUCAGACACAUGUCUUUAUCGUUUUCUAUUUUUCUCCUUUUAUCUUCUUUUUUUUUUUAAUUUAAUUUAAGAUCAAAAUUGAUACGUUGUACAAAGCGUUUCCUUUUGGGCUUUGCUUCUGUUUAAAAGAUCAUAUGUAUCAUUAGAAAGCUCCAGAUUGAGGAAAACGAGAGAUAAAAAAGAAAAGAAAAGAAAAGAAAAGAAUAGAAAAAAAAGAAAAGAAAAGAAAAAAGAUUAUAUAGAAACGGAAGUUUGGAUUUCACGAUAAAUUUUCAAUUUACUUUAUCACGAAUCGACGUUAUUAACUCGUGUAUUUUUACAAGUAGGCGUCUCUUGUAUAUAGAAUUCUACAUUAUGGCGUCCAAAGAUACACAAGACAUCCUUUAAACUUUAUCCAAAGAGUAAUAUAUAAUAUAUUCGUGUACUACUAAUGUGUAAGAACAUGACCGUAAAGAGGUACAAGAAA